UCACCUGUUGUUGAACAAACUCCACCCCUGUUCAGAUUCUUCAGUUUAUAGCCGUUCAAUGUGCUGAGCCUCUUUCAGAAUAAGAUUCGCUCAGCUGCCAGACAAAAUGAGCAAGUUGAAGAAAUUAUACUUAGUUUUGUCAAUACUUGGCUUUGUAUCUUUGAUGAUUUUUAUAUACAAACUAAAAGAGAAUGGAACUGAAGAGAAAACUGAUGCCAAAACUAGGACAGAAACUGAAACCAGAGCAAAGCUGGACACAUUCGAGGACAGGAGAUGUGAGGGAAAGAUCUACACCAGCCCGAUGCCACUGAAACUGAAGCACAGACAGUACUCCAGAAAGAUACAGCUUCAUAAACAAUGCAAUGCUAACAGUAACUUGGACAUCACUGGCAAAUGGAAGUCAUUUGAUGACAUCCCCAAUGAGGAGUUGCACAACCUACUUGUAGAUGACCGGCAUGGAAUAAUUUAUUGCUACGUUCCAAAGGUUGGCUGCACCGCAUGGAAAAGGAUCAUGAUUGUUCUGAGCGAGAGUCUGAAGGUGUACGGUGUACCUUACAGGAACCCUCUAGACAUCCCUGUCGAGGAUGUUCACGGAUCAUCUCUACAGCACCUUAACGCAUACCCCAAAGCAGUGAUGAAACAAAAACUUCAGACCUACAAAAAGUUUAUAUUUGUUCGAGAUCCUUUUGUCCGACUGACUUCAGCAUACAAAGACAAGCUUGGAAGCUCAAAUCAGAUAUAUUAUGAAACAAUCGGGAUACAAAUAUUAAAGCAGUUUGGAAAGGUCUCUAAUCCACCAGCAUCUGUAGAGCAAGCGAAUGCUCAGGGCAUUGUUCCUUCAUUCAGCGACUUCAUUCAAUAUAUUCUGAGCCUCCCAGCAAGAAAUUACGAAAUGUUUGAUGAACACUGGAAGCAAACAGUUCACAUGUGCCAUCCCUGCAUUAUCAAUUACGACUUUAUUGGGAAGAUGGAAACCAUCGAAGAAGACGCUGCUCAUCUGCUGCGAUUACUUAAAGUUGAUAACAUUGUUGACUUUAAACCAUACGAAAAAAAUAAAACCAGCACUGAUGAAAUGAAGACUUGGUUUUACAACAUUCCCACAGAGUGGAGGAGGAAACUCUAUGAUAUUUAUAGGGCAGAUUUUGAAUUGUUUGGGUAUGAAUAUUAUGACACUCUAGAUGAUCUUUAUCUGGAAAACAUUAUGUGAAUCAUUUUCAUCAUCAUCAAGACCUCAAAUGUAUUACAGGAGACAAUACCAGUGAAUAUUUUUCUGUUUUUAAAAUAAUAAUAAAAGAAGAGUGUAAGAAUGUAAAUUGUUAUUGUUGCAUGAGGUUAAAUGAGGUUAGAGAUGCUGGAAUAGACAAUUUCAUGCAGUAUAUAACCUUUGUACGUACAUGAUACUAUUGUGUCAAGUUAUUUUUUUCUCUAAGGAUUACACCAAAAUUAGCAGGAGAGGAACUUGUCUGAAGAAUUAAAAAAAAAUGCUUAAAAAGAUAUAAUAACACUCAAUGUGAAAUUACAAUGUAUAAAAAUGAAGUGGAGAAAAAACAUUCAAAAAACUCAUAAAACAAUAAACUGGUGGAAAACCUGUUUUUUUUAAAAAUGACAAUAGAGUGAAGGAGAAAAGUCUACAAUAAAUAUAAGGUGGACUUUAGACUCUUGACACUUUAAAUGAUCCUGAUCAAAUCAUGUUUUCUGUUGUGUAGUAUGAAAAUCAUCAUUGUUUAUUUCUUGACAUUGAUAGCUUUGUCACCUUUGAUUUUAAUGGUAGUUGUGGCAUAAGUGUGUACACACUUAUGAAACUUUGUGUGGAAUUUGUUGAAACACCCAUUGAUUUUUUUUUGCCCCACUAGCAAUAUUGGCCACAUUUUCCCCACGCGUACUUAAAAAAAAAAAAAAAAAAAAAUCAAAACCCCUUUCGAAUCUCAUACACAGCCUGGUUCAAGUUAUGCUACAGAGUUUUAGUUGGGCUCUGGCUAGCUCAUUCAAAAUCACUGAUUUACAUUAGAUUAAGCAAUUCCUUUGUUGAUGUUUAGAGAUAUGCUAUGAUUGUCAUAUUGACAUUGGAAUUUUAAUUUUUUUCAGUGCAUUAACUGACAGGCUUUGCUUCAAAGUCGACUGGUUUUUCUGGAUGUUCGUGAAUAAAGAUUACACAGGUUUUUUUCUCUGUUGUGAAAAAUUCUUA